UACCCCCUUUUUCAUCUGCGCGGUUUUCAAAGUGCGUUAACAGAGCCUAUGCAACUCCUGGCGCAAUUGGCUGGCUGAGCCUGAGGAGUGAAGCACCUUCCUUGCUGGCUAAGGAGGGGGCCAGCUGAAGGCUCUUGCCGCGUCGGGUAAUGCUCAAAGGACCCUCAUCACUGGACGGCGUCGGGAGGAAGGAAGAGCGCUCUGAGGUAGGGCAAGCAAGGGUAUAAAGGGGGACGGGGGAGUCCACACAAGGACUCAGAAGAAGCCUCAAUAAAAGGCAAAGUGCAUCUUUGCCGGAUGGUGUAGGAAAGGAGAAAUCGGCAGAAGAAAAAGAACACCACCUAAAAGGGUAACCUCAAGGGUCUCUGCUUCUUGGAACACUCAACACAGGCUUCCAGCCCAGCCCACCCAGAGCCAGGUGAGCGGCCGCCACCUCUCCGGCAUCUGCAAGACCUGCUCCUUCAUGAACUUGCCAAGAGCGGAGCGCCUUCGCUCCACACCUCCGCGCAGCCUCCGGGGCUCCGAUAGGGAAGACGGUGCGAUCGAUAUCCUGGGAGAGGAGGAAGAUGAAGAAGAGGAGGAGGAAGAGGAAGACGAGGAACCCGAGGGAAGCCAGCGGCUCCUAGAGCCGCUGCACCAGCCGGAGCCGCAGAAGGCGCGGCGGGGCGCGGGCGCGGGUGCGCUUCCCGGAGAGCGCACCGAGAGCGGCGGCGGCGGCCCAAGCGACUCCUCCGAGUUUGGCCCCAAGUUCGGGGCACCGAUGGGGUCUGCGGCGGCCUCUGCGGGCGCCCCGCAGCCGGCGAAGCCCCCCUACUCAUACAUCGCGCUCAUCACCAUGGCCAUUCUGCAGAGCCCACACAAGCGCCUCACGCUCAGCGGCAUCUGCGCCUUCAUCAGUGGCCGCUUCCCUUACUACCGUCGCAAGUUCCCCGCCUGGCAAAACAGCAUCCGCCACAACCUCUCGCUCAACGACUGCUUCGUCAAAAUCCCCCGGGAGCCGGGACACCCUGGCAAGGGCAACUACUGGAGCCUGGACCCCGCCUCCCAGGACAUGUUCGACAACGGCAGCUUCCUUCGGCGCAGGAAGCGCUUCAAGCGCCACCACCCGCCUCCGGGAGCCCACCUGCACCACCCCUUCCCCCUGCCCGCUGCGCCCGCCGCCCUGCAUACCCCCUACCCGGGCAUGCUGCUCGGGCCCCCGGCCCCGCCGCAGCCUGUCCCGGGGGCCUAUCCCGCCUCCACUCCCGGGAGCCGCCCGUGCGCGCUGCUGCAUCCUCAUCCCCUCCGCUACCUGCUGCUCUCUGCCCCGGCCUACGCUGAGGCGCCCAGGACAGCGCAAGGCGCGGAUUUGGUGACCCCCAGCGCCCUUCCGGCGCUGCAGCCCACGCUAGGCUCCCAGCCUUGGGAGGAGGGCAAGGGGCCGGCGUCGCGGCCGGCAGGCGGAUGCACCUCCUUCAGCAUCGAGAGUAUCCUGCAAGGGGUCCGGGGAGCUGGUACAGGAGCCGCUCAGAGUCUGCCCCCGAACCCGUGGGGUUACCGCCACCUGCUGCAGCGCCCGUCGUGCCUGUUGCAUCCUCAGGCCGCUGCCCCCUUGCUCCACGUCUCCGCCGCCGCCGCCGCAUCCGCUGCCCGGACGAUUUUGCAGCAGCAGCAGCAGCAGCAGCAGCAGCAGCAGCAGGAGGAGGACUCUGCCAGCGGCUGCGCUCCCAGCAAGGGCGCUCUGCUGGGCCGGCACCUGUCCGCCACAGCGGCGCUCCUGGGGUGUCAGCCUGGAGUAGAGGGCUCUAGGCUGACGUCGCUGGUCGCCCUUUCGGGCGGAGAGGGGACCUCACCGGCCUUUUGAAUAGCACCCACACCUGCCCUGGACCCGACUCCUUGGGGCGGACAGGGAGCCAACCUGGAGGGCGGAGCCACCCGGGGUCACGAUCUCCUCGCCGCCUGCCCUGACGCACUCCACCUUCCACAGCCGGGACCAAGAGUGUGUACCUGCAUCCUACAGCGGAGCAACCACCAAUUUCGGUUCGCAGCGAAAUACUUACAAAGGAAAAGUGGUUAUUGUUCCCUUAAGACAACCUGAACGUAAAUGUUCGAUGGCGUCAGCGUCGAACAUUUCUUUUCCAGCCUCCAGUCGUGACUUCCAAGGCUUUUCCGAUUUGCACAUUUCCAGAGGAACUAUGAACGUGAGUGGGGCAUUUUGUUCUGUUAUUAAAAGAAAAACAAAGAAAAUAAAUCGUCCAAUGCACAACGUUUCCCCCAUCUUCAUUCCCUAGGAACUGCAAGUAUUAUUCCCAAAUCCAGCGCAGAAUCCUUGUGCCCUUUUUGUCUUCCUGAAAUCAAUGUGUAAUAUGAGUAGAAUUUUAAUUUCAGAGGAUUUAUUUCUGA